CAUGGCGGCCGCGGAGAGCGGCUGAAAUGCCUGUUCUUCAGGCCAGGCGAGCCGGAGUCUGACGCGAUUCGCCCAGCCCUCCCCUCCGACGGCUGGACCGCAGCCUCGAGCGCCUCGGCCUCUCUGUUCCUUGUUGCUUCCUCGAGCGGAGCCUGCGCCGGGUCCGUUCUGCAUCCCCCUGCGGGGGGACCCCUGCUCCGGAGGAGGGGGCCAGAGAGCCGCGGCGGCGGCGGGCUCCCGGCCCGAGGAGUCGCGGAGGCUGCGGUGGUGCCGCCACGGUCGCGGGCGAGCACGGCGCCCGUCAGCACGACCCGGAGGCGGCGGCAGGUAAUUGAAUUGAUGCAGGAUUUGGAAUUUGAGGAUGGUGAAGUGGAAUAAAGAAAGUAACAUUCUAAGUGGACUGAUAGCUUGGAUGACAACCAAUAUUUUGAGACUGGUGAUAACAGCAACUGGAGAGAUGAGAACUUAUCCAUUCUAAUGGAAAUGUAACUGGAACCAACUCUGAUGAUAUAAUCAAGAACCAUCAGGCAAGAUCAUGCAGUAGAAAAUUUUGCUUCCAAAUGAAGACACAGACAUUUAGAAUUUCUACUUUCUAAGAUGGCAAAAACUGAGUGAGUCCCUAAGAAGUUGUCAUGUGCUUGAUGUUACAAAAGCAGUUAUUUGCAUAAUUAUGCUUAAAUGAGGCGAGAGUGAAGAGUCUAGAGCCAUCUCUGGAGAACAUCUUUACCCCAUUCCUCUGGAAGCUAUCCCCCAGAGCACGGACUUGACCCUAUCUAUUUUUAGGACUCAUUAUGAAAAAAGAAGUCUCCCAGGUGUGAAGUUUUUCAACAUGAGUGGCCUCGGGGACAGUUCAUCCGACCCUGCUAACCCAGACUCACAUAAGAGAAAAGGAUCGCCAUGUGACACACUGGCAUCAAGCACUGAAAAGAGGCGCAGGGAGCAAGAAAAUAAAUACUUAGAAGAGUUAGCUGAGUUAUUGUCUGCAAACAUCAGUGACAUUGACAGCUUGAGUGUAAAACCAGACAAAUGCAAAAUUUUGAAGAAGACAGUUGAUCAGAUACAACUAAUGAAGAGAAUGGAACAAGGGACCCCCACACCACAAAACUCCCGGAUUGCCUACCAGAAACUGAAGCAAAACUCUUUGGAGAAAUACUCCCACAACCUGACCCCAAGAGCUUCUGAGGAGAAAUCAACAACUGAUGAUGAAGUACAGAAAUCAGACAUCUCAUCGAGUAGUCAAGGAGUGAUAGAAAAGGAAUCCUUGGGACCUCUUCUUUUGGAGGCUUUGGAUGGAUUUUUCUUUGUUGUGAACUGUGAAGGCAGAAUUGUAUUUGUGUCAGAGAAUGUGACCAGCUACUUGGGUUACAAUCAGGAAGAAUUAAUGAAUACCAGUGUCUACAGCAUACUGCAUGUGGGGGACCAUGCAGAAUUUGUGAAGAAUCUGCUUCCAAAAUCACUAGUAAAUGGAGUUCCUUGGCCUCAAGAGGCAACACGACGAAAUAGCCAUACCUUUAACUGCAGGAUGCUAAUUCACCCUCCAGAUGAGCCAGGCACUGAGAACCAAGAAGCUUGCCAGCGGUAUGAAGUAAUGCAGUGUUUCACUGUGUCACAGCCAAAAUCAAUUCAAGAAGAUGGAGAAGAUUUCCAGUCAUGUUUGAUUUGUAUUGCACGGCGAUUACCUCGGCCUCCAGCUAUUACGGGUGUAGAAUCCUUUAUGACCAAGCAAGAUACUACAGGUAAAAUCAUCUCUAUUGAUACGAGUUCCCUGAGAGCUGCUGGCAGAACUGGCUGGGAAGAUUUAGUGAGAAAAUGCAUUUAUGCUUUUUUCCAACCUCAGGGCAGAGAGCCAUCUUAUGCCAGACAGCUAUUUCAAGAAGUGAUGACUCGUGGCACUGCCUCCAGCCCAUCCUAUAGAUUCAUAUUGAAUGAUGGGACAAUGCUUAGCGCCCACACCAAGUGUAAACUUUGCUACCCUCAAAGUCCAGACAUGCAACCUUUCAUCAUGGGAAUUCAUAUCAUCGACAGGGAACACACUGGUCUUUCUCCUCAAGAUGACACUAAUUCUGGAAUGUCAAUUCCCCGAGUAAACCCCUCCGUCAAUCCUAGUGUUUCUCCAGCUCAUGGGGUGGCCCGUCCAUCCACAUUGCCACCAUCCAACAGCAGCAUGGUAUCCACCAGAGUAAACCGCCAACAAAGCUCAGACCUUCAUAGCAGCAGUCACAGUAAUUCUAGCAACAGCCAAGGGAGUUUUGGAUGCUCACCUGGAAAUCAGAUUAUAGCCAACGUUGCCUUAAACCAGGGACAGGCCAGUUCUCAGAGCACUAAUCCCUCUUUAAACCUCAAUAAUUCUCCUAUGGAAGGUACAGGAAUGUCCCUUGCACAGUUCAUGUCUCCAAGGAGACAAGUUGGUUCUGGAUUGGCAACAAGGCCCAGGAUGCCAAGCAAUUCCUUUCCUCCUAAUAUUCCAACAUUAAGCUCCCCUGUUGGCAUGACAAGUACUGCCUGUAAUAACAGUAAUCGAUCUUACUCAAACAUCCCAAUAACACCUUUACAGAGUAUGAAUGAAGGACCCAAUAACUCUGUUGGCUUCUCUGCCAGUUCUCCAGUCCUCAGACAGAUAAGCUCACAGAAUUCACCUAGUAGAUUAAAUAUACAGUCAGCAAAAGCCGAGUCCAAAGAUAACAAAGAGAUUGCAUCCAUUUUAAAUGAAAUGAUUCAGCCUGACAACAGCUCUAGUGAUGGCAAACCUCUGGAUUCUGGGCUCCUGCAUAACAAUGACAGACUGUCAGAUGGAGACAACAAAUACUCUCAAACCAGUCACAAACUGGUGCAGCUUUUGACAACAACUGCAGAGCAGCAGUUACGGCAUGCUGAUAUAGACACAAGUUGCAAAGAGGUACUGUCUUGCACAGGCACUUCCAACUCUGCCUCUGCUAACUCUUCAGGUGGUUCUUGCCCCUCCUCUCAUAGUUCAUUGACAGAACGGCACAAAAUCCUACACCGGCUCCUACAGGAGGGGAGCCCCUCAGAUAUCACCACCUUGUCUGUCGAGCCUGAUAAAAAGGACAGUGCAUCUACUUCUGUGUCCGUGACUGGACAGGUACAAGGGAACUCCAUAAAACUAGAAAUGGAUGCUUCAAAGAAAAAAGAAUCAAAAGACCAUCAGCUCCUACGCUACCUUUUAGACAAAGAUGAGAAGGAUUUAAGAUCAACUCCAAACCUGAGCCUGGAUGAUGUAAAGGUGAAAGUGGAAAAGAAAGAACAGAUGGAUCCUUGCAACACAAACCCAACCCCAAUGACCAAACCUGCCCCUGAGGAAAUUAAACUGGAGUCCCAGAACCAGUUUACAGCUGACCUUGACCAGUUUGAUCAGUUACUGCCUACGCUGGAGAAGGCAGCCCAGUUGCCAGGCUUAUGUGAGACGGAGAGGAUGGAUGGUGCGGUCACCAGUGUGACCAUCAAAUCAGAGAUCCUGCCAGCUUCACUUCAGUCCACCACUGCCAGACCCACUUCCAGGCUGAAUAGAUUACCUGAGCUGGAAUUGGAAGCAAUUGAUAAUCAGUUUGGACAACCAGGAACAGGUGAUCAGAUUCCAUGGGCAAAUAAUACAGUGACAGCUGUGAAUCAGAACAAACCAGAAGACCAGUGUAUUAGUUCACAAUUAGAUGAGCUUCUCUGUCCACCAACAACAAUAGAAGGAAGAAAUGAUGAGAAGGCUCUUCUUGAACAGCUGGUAUCCUUCCUCAGUGGCAAAGAUGAAACUGAGUUGGCUGAAUUAGACAGAGCUCUGGGAAUUGACAAACUUGUUCAGGGAGGUGGAUUAGAUGUAUUAUCUGAGAGAUUUCCACCACAACAAGCAACACCACCUUUAAUGAUGGAAGAAAGACCCAACCUUUAUUCCCAGCCUUAUUCUUCUCCUUCACCUACUGCCAGUCUCACUAGCCCUUUCCAAGGCAUGGUCAGGCAAAAACCUUCAUUGGGGACUAUGCCUGUUCAAGUAACACCUCCCCGAGGCGCCUAUUCACCUGGCAUGGGCAUGCAGCCCAGGCAAACUCUAAAUAGACCUCCAGCUGCACCCAACCAACUUCGACUUCAACUUCAACAGCGAUUACAGGGGCAACAGCAGUUGAUACACCAAAAUCGGCAAGCUAUCUUGAACCAGUUUGCAGCAAAUGCUCCUGUUGGCAUCAAUAUGAGAUCAGGCAUUCAGCAGCAAAUUACACCUCAGCCACCCCUGAAUGCCCAGAUGUUGGCCCAGCGCCAGCGGGAACUAUACAGCCAACAGCACCGACAGAGGCAGCUAAUACAGCAGCAAAGAGCCAUGCUUAUGAGGCAACAAAGCUUUGGGAACAACCUCCCUCCCUCAUCUGGACUGCCAGUGCAAAUGGGGAACCCCCGUCUUCCUCAGGGUGCUCCGCAGCAGUUCCCCUACCCACCAAACUACGGUACAAAUCCAGGAACCCCACCCGCUUCUACCAGCCCAUUUUCACAACUGGCAGCAAAUCCUGAGGCAACCUUGGCCAACCGCAAUAGCAUGGUGAACAGAGGCAUGGCAGGAAACAUGGGAGGACAGUUUGGGGCUGGAAUCAAUCCUCAGAUGCAGCAGAAUGUCUUCCAGUAUCCAGGAUCAGGAAUGGUUCCCCAAGGUGAGACCACCUUUGCUCCAUCUCUGAGCCCUGGGAGCUCCAUGGUGCCGAUGCCAAUCCCUCCUCCUCAGAGCUCUCUGCUCCAGCAGACUUCACCUGCUUCUGGCUACCAGUCACCAGACAUGAAGGCCUGGCAGCAAGGAGCAAUGGGAAACAACAAUGUAUUCAGUCAAGCUGUCCAGAACCAGCCCACGCCUGCACAGCCUGGAGUGUACAACAACAUGAGCAUCACCGUGUCCAUGGCAGGUGGAAACACAAAUGUUCAGAACAUGAACCCAAUGAUGGGUCAGAUGCAGAUGAGCUCUUUGCAGAUGCCAGGAAUGAACACUGUGUGCCCUGAGCAGAUAAAUGAUUCAGCACUGAGACACACAGGCCUCUACUGCAACCAGCUUUCAUCUACCGACCUUCUCAAAACAGAAGCAGAUGGAACCCAGCAGGUGCAACAGGUUCAGGUGUUUGCUGACGUCCAAUGUACAGUGAAUCUGGUAGGCGGGGACCCUUACCUGAACCAGCCUGGUCCACUGGGAACUCAAAAACCCACAACAGGACCACAGACCCCCCAGGCCCAGCAGAAGAGCCUCCUUCAGCAGCUACUGACUGAAUAACCACUUUUAAAGGAAUGUGAAAUUUAAAUAAUAGACAUACAGAGAUAUACAAAUAUAUUAUAUAUUUUUCUGAGAUUUUUGAUAUCUCAAUCUGCAGCCAUUCUUCAGGUCGUAGCAUUUGGAGCAAAAAUAAAUGAGUACACUUUUGUUGGGAGAUUGAGAGAUGUUUUUGUUUCUUUGUAAAGGCCUUGGAUAUUAAAAAAAUAAGGCAGAACAGUUGGACAAUCUAUUUCUUGAGCCAAAUUUAAUUAUUCUUAUUUUUAUAAUCAGUCAUUGGCUUCUUAUCUGGAUGAAGGCCUUUGGAGGAGAACCAAAACGACAAGUUCCGAGGGGAAGACAGAGCUCCGCCUCCACUGGCUCAGCUCGGACUCUGCCAGGAAGAAGGGCCUGUGCCUGUCCACCAGAGGCUGCCACGUGUCUCUAAUCAACAGCCCUUCCUGACCCCCAGCAGCUUGUGUGUACAAUCAGCUUCUUCUAGCAACUCUAUAUCUGUUGGCUUCAAGAGAAUAUUUUGCCUCCACAUAUUUACCCUUUCUCCUUUUUUUAAAAGAUGGAUUUAAACCAAGAUGCCUCCAGGAACGAGGAUGAAAUGAGUAUAUUUAGAGGAAUCCAAAAAUACAGUUUGGGGAAAAUGCAAUAAUUUUUUGAUGAGAUGGGUGAAGGACAAGAAGCGAGUUCUGUCAAUUAUUGUAGAUACAAUUUUCAGAUUAAAUCUGGGAAAAGGCAGCCUGUUCUUUCUGCUUUUAUUGUAUUAACAGCUGAAGUAGAUAAAGUUAUUUAAAAUAAAAUUAAAUUUAUGAUCUAAGUAGCUUAUUUUUCCCUUAAAAUCUCAUUGUAAAUAUAUUUGAUUUCUUGUAGAAAUUUAUUUCCUUCUGUUUAAUUUUAUGGCUUUAUUAUCAUACUCUUGAUUUUUCUAUAUUUGUGUGUGAAAUAUAACAUUGAUUGAAUUGCAGUUACAUUUGGCUAGUAAUAUUUCAUUAUUUUAAUAACUGUGACGCCAUGUAUGGAUUUACUUUGGGGUUCAAGUCAAAAUGCCAACUGCCAGAAAGAGCUGUUCCAGACGAGCUAAAGCUCACUACCCUAGAGUAUCCCUGGGAUCAUCCACCUUGAGAGCAGUGUAAGGAAUUGUCACCAGAAGUGCACAGGCUACUUGUACGGAGAAAAAUUAGUACUCAAAGAAAAUCUUCUUACUUUGUUUUAGAUUGACUUUGGGAAUUUGAAUUUUCGUCAGUGCAAAUAUAAAUUUAUUCUGCUCUGAGGCUAAUUGGUACCAUAUGUUCCCUUUGUGUCUUGUCACUCUGCCACAUCUUGUCUCAUCCUGGCCUCUGAAUCAAGGACCAGUGAACUGACUCUCUAGUUCUAGAAGUUCUACUGCAAGGCCAGGGAAGCUUGAGAAAGGUAUUGUGGAAGAAGCAAAGGUAGACCCCCAUCACUCGCCUUCACCUGCAUUCCUGGGCCUGUGAAUGAUGACGACACCUGACAUUGCGCACCAGCUACCUCUGCUUCCACAGCAGAGAACAGGCCAUAAGAACUAACAAUGGAAGAGGAGCAUGGACUCGGACAUCAAGGAAGAAGCCAUUUUCCCAGGUCCUCCUUUCUGCAUCUUACCACCCCUAGUUACAAAUAACGCCACUGAACAGCAUCUAUUCAGAAAGCAUAAUACCGAAUUGAAAGAUUGGUGGAAGGGCUCACAUGGGUAGCAACUAUGAAAGAGAAAUAGGACACUCACUUACAAACAUUAUCUCUUAGUUUUUUCAGAAAAAUGCAUCCCCGAUGUCAUUUCCAGCUUGAAAGCCCAGCCAUAUUACUCUAGUCCCUACCAAACUGCUCUAGGAUGUCAUUUCUGUUCUGUUUGUGAUAUUUAGACUUACAGACUUCAGGAAGUUCACUUUUAACUUCAGCAUUCCAGAUGAAGUUUCCUGACUCAGUGCUUUUGCAUAAGGAACUAGAAAAAAAAGUGGUAAGGAAAAUUGGAGAUGCUAACAUCCUCUCCCAUCCCAACUGCACCUUAAAGUAUGCAUGUCACCUUCAAGGUUUUAUAAUUGCACUGUUUGUUUUAUGUAUGUACAGAUUGAAAUUAUUGCUACAUUUGAGGAAAAUAAAAUUGCUUGCUUCUAUGUAAUUCCUGUCAUUCCACAGGAAAUGCACUUU